GAAAGGUUGCAGACAUCUGUGUUUUUCUACAUUUUUUAAAGAAUAUCCUUUUACCCGAAGUAUUGUUUGUUUCACUUAUGAGUUUCAGAUGCUAGAAAUCUUUGACCAUGUUUCUUUUUAGAUUUCUCUUUGUUGCUUUACUGGUUGUUGGUGUGACGUGUAAAAAGACUUCCAAUGCUCUAAAACUUUUAGAAAAGGAAAGCAAAAAAGCCUCAACAUGCAGGAGGUUCGACUUUAAGUCUCUCAUGCGACUGAGAGAAGACGAAUCUUGGAAAGAACUGCUUCCUUGUCUGUUGAAAGCCUUAGAUUCCUCGACUGGAGAUCCUGUGUUAUGGACCAUGCUUGGCGAGGUUUUUGACCAUAAAAACGAAAAAUCAAAGGCAAAUGUAUGUUUUAGGGAAUCAUCUAGACUUAUGGGAAAGCUGUCUAAAUUCAUAAAGAAGUGGUACUUCUUAGGCCCUUUUACUGUUGGCAAGAAUGAAGUAGAUGGUGAUCCACUAGAAGACUUUGGUGGAAUCAAAAACGUCACCAAACAUCGCUGGACAAAGAAAGCAUUUUAUUACUCUGAGUUACUUAUCAAAGGAGAACUGAAGUGGGCCACAAUAGAUGUUAAAAAUGAACAAGAAAGUAUCAAUGUUGCUCCACCAGCUGAAUGGAAUGAACUUAUACUGAGUUUACAGUCUAUUGGAAUAGCUGAAUGGCAGGGGUGGAUAGUUGGAGAUUUUGUGGUCAAUGAAGAUGGCUCAUAUUUGUUUCAGUGUCUUGGGGCUAGUUUAGUUUAUGUCGAUAAAACGAUUUUUACUGGUGAUCUUUACAAAAGGCAUCAAUUUUGGCAUCCCAUCUACCUGAAGCGUGGAGUCCACACARCUAAGGUUAAGCUAAGAGCAAAGGGGCCCUUAAGCUUUAACUUUCGCCUCAUGCAAAUUCAAGAAAAAAAUACAAUUGAAAUUCUUCCUCCUUCAUUCCUUCCUGAUCUUGUUCAAGGCAAAAUUUUUGGCAAAUAUAUAUCAUUUCCAUUGAAUAACCUUCAUUCCUCAAACUGGCUCAAAGUUACAAAGGUAUCUUUGAUGUCACACUCCAUUACUUUGCCACUCACAGUUUCAUUGUCUGGUAAUACCAAUAGUUUUACAGUUGCACCAGGUCAAAUAAAACCUAUUGUUAUUGAAAUCGGAUAUAAAGAUGAAAGCGUUGAAAAGAAACCACUUGAUGAAGAUUGCAAAGAUUUGAGCUUAAACUUAAAGUUAUCAUUCAAUGGAGGAAAAGAACAGAAGGUGAACGUCAACUUAAGGUGUCGAAAGAUAACAGAAUCUUUUCUUUUCACCUUUCUUGAUCAUGAUGGAUCAAUUCAACAUGCUGCUGCAAUUCCACCACUGAAAGAAUGUAAAUCCAAGACAUGCCCAGUGCUUGUAUCACUUCAUGGAACUACUGUGCCACCUCAGAAUCAAGCAGAUAGCUACAAAAGAAUGGAGAAUGGCAAAUGGGUGUUUGGUGUAGACAAUCUCUGGUUACUUGCCCCCACAAGGCAUGGAGCACAUAACUGGGAGGGUCCAGGUACACUGACCUCUAUGAGAGCCCUUGAAUGCUUGGCACAAUACACCCAGGAGGCCACUUGGGUGGAAUAUAAAGCUGAUGACAAGAGGAUAGUAAUUGCUGGUCAUUCAAUGGGAGGACAUGGUGCCUGGCAACUUGGAACACAUUAUCCAGAUCAGACCUUAGCCUUGAUAUCAGCAGCAGGCUGGAUCAGGAAAGAGGACUAUGGGGAUUCAAACCUGUUCUUUAGGCAUGACGUAAGCACAAGUCACGUGGACCCUGUUGUCAAGGCAACCAUGGAGGCAUGUGUGGCCGAGAAUGAUGCCGACAAACACGUCUCUAACCUUCAUGGCCUACCUAUCAUGAUUAGAGUAGGUGCUGCUGACCGCACAGUCCAUCCUUAUUAUUCACGCCGAAUGUAUCGGUUACUAAGGCAACAGCGCAGUAACGUGACUUUCGAUGAGAUUCCCAAAAAGGRGCACUGGUGGUGGGAUACGUACGAAACAAAUGAUGGAGGUGUUACCAAUGAUCCAGUCAUCCGGGGAUUUGCUAUCAAGCACGCAAAGAAUGUUGGGUCAUCAGUGCAAAACCAUGUAUGUGAUCCCAACAACAAGAAUAAAGAAUGUAAUGAUGUCGACAACCCUGCCAAGAAAUAUCAACAGCAACCGGACGACACUGUUGACAGGAAUCAUGUUGGUGAAUUCACCUUAUUGGUUUACAACCCGGCAUCCAUAGCAGGUGUGCGUGGUGUGAGGGUUGUACAACAGUUGAUCCCCUUCAGACAAAGCACGAUACAAAUACAACUGUCACCGGGUACGGCAAGUCUGACAACACAAAAUGUUGCGAGGUUGUCUUUAAGUGAGCCAGCAGUGUCACCCGUUCAUUGGAAUCAGCGUAACAUCAGGAUAGAUGACACUUACUUCAAAUCUGAGGAACCUCACGGCUUCUCCGCCAAACACGUGCUCUCAUUUUGCAAAACGGUGUUACAAGACUGGAAGAUAUGUGAAAAUGAGGCCUUGGAAUCCGAUGUUAGCCGAGGCCCCUUAAAUAUGGGACCUGCUCGAAGGGUCGCGGAGAGUCCCUUUCUGAUCGUUACUGGAACAAAGUCUGACUCUUCAACCGCCUCUCGUCUUCUUGAGGGAGCUCUGUACAUCGCCAAUCAAUUCUACCUUACUUCAGAAACUAUAGCUCACGUAAUCGCAGACAAAGAGUUGGACCAAUCAACUGCCUCGAAUUUCAACUUAAUUGUGAUUGGUGGACCCGAUGUCAACUCUUGGGCAGGUGGAUUUCAUAAAAAUGUUCCUUUGAAAUUCCUUGAAAAGAAGUUACUUUUGAAUAAUUGUCAAUUCAACUCUGCCCGCACCGGCGCUGUUUUUCUUGCUCCACAUUCUGGUUCUCGGCUCGCCCUCGUGUUGACAGGCAACUCAUUGGAAGGCCUACAAGAUGCCAUUCUUCUUGCCACUCCUACUAUACUACCAAUGGCCCGCUCCCCUUUCUCCAACCUUGUUCCGGAUUUUAUUGUAACUGGGCCUGAUUUUGGUGCUCGGGGUCCUGGGGGAUAUCUAUGUACUGGUUUUUGGGGCAAUAGUUGGGAAUAUCGCCAAGAUAUCAGCUCUUGUUCUUGCUAGGAUAAGGAUCUUAAAUAUUUAUGGCUUACCGCACAACUUAGUGCUAAUAGAAGAAAAUAGAAUUUAGAAUAGUCCCCUUCAAAGUUACCUGCGUCAUUUUGAAAGGUAGCCGUGCUUUUGCAUCGAAGCGAGACUAAGGCCCCGUUCACACGUAUCCGGAAAUUUUUGUAUCCGUAAAUAUUUUUUUUGCGGAUACAAAAAUUUCCGGAUACGUGUGGACGGGGCCUAACGGUGAGCUUGCAAUGAUAGAGACGUGAAUAAUUGUUCAAGGUGUUAAAAACGAUCGCUAUCUUCUCUAUCUUUGAAAGCUCACCGUUCGUCUCGAUCGCUUCGAUGCAAAGGCACGGCAACCUUUCAAGAUGGCGCAGGGAGCUGUGAAGGGGACUAUUGGUUUUUGCAAAUAUGUAGAAAAUAUUAUAAA